AUGGACGAAGUCUAUGCCGAGCUCGCUGCCAAAAUCUGGGAAGUUGCCUCGUCUCGAUAUCCCAGGCGGACACUCGUGGGCAUCGCAGGUCCUCCCGGCUCAGGCAAGACCACAAUCGCCGCUCACAUUGUGGCUCGCCUCUCUCAAGCAAAAGUGAUCGGAGUGGCCAUGGACGGUUUCCACUACACGCGCGCCGAACUAGACGCCUUCCCCGACCCAGCAGAGGCGCACAAGCGGCGAGGCGCACCAUGGACUUUCGACGUUGACGCAGUCCUCGACCUGGUACGUCAACUGCACGCUUCCACCCUGGUUUCCGACAUCGAACGUGUCGACAUCUCCGCCCCGUCCUUCGAUCACGCGACCAAAGACCCUGUGCCAGGCGACAUCACCAUAUCAGCCGCCGCCAGCAUCGUGAUCCUAGAAGGCAACUAUCUGCUAUUAGACGAGCCCAAGUGGAAGGCGAUUGGCCCGCUGCUCGACUUUCGGGUCCUGGUCCAUGUUCCGCCCGAGGAGGCCCGCGUCCGCGUUGCCAGCAGACACGUGGCGUCCGGGAUCGAGCCUACGCUCGCGUUGGGCGAGAAAAGAUUCGACAGCAACGAUGCCAUUAACGGAGACCUGAUCCGCGCGAAGGCGGUCGCUUGUGAUGUGAUGGUCGAGAGCAUCCACGUCUAG